AUGCAUUCGUCCAGAAAUUUGUGUCCUUCAUCUUGCAUCUUAGGAUCGACUGGCCUGCUUCCUUAACCACCUCAGACCCAGUUCAGCAUGUCCGACGACGGCUAUGGCGGUGGUGGCGGUGGCGGAGAUGACUACGACUACGACGGUCCCAGUUUCACAGAUGGUGCCUUCGAUGAAGGCUAUGAUCUCCUCGCACAAGAACAAGAGGAACAAGUAGAAGGGGAGGAGACAAAUGGUGAAGUCUCGCACGUCAAUGGAAUUAAUGGGGCAGACCAUGAUCAGGAGAUGGUGAAUGGAGAGGAGGGCUCAAACGCAGGUAUUCAGGGCGAGCGACAGGCAAACAAAGUCAGAGUAACAACACCAUACUUGACCAAGUACGAACGAGCACGAAUAUUGGGGACUAGAGCGCUUCAAAUCAGCAUGAACGCCCCAGAUGCUCUGCAAAUCGCAAUUAAGGAGCUCUCACAACGAAAAAUUCCCCUUAUCAUCCGGCGCUAUCUACCCGACGGAAGUUUUGAAGAUUGGAGUGUCUCUGAGCUAAUUAGCGAAUGA